UUUCUCGUGGCGCUUUUUACCUAGCGCCAUGGCUUCUCGAAUCGCAUCACAUUCUUAGUCAUAACAGCGAAAACAACACUGAAAUUUCAAAACCUUAGCACGCCACCGCCAAUGGCGACGAGACGAUCCGCACAGCUCCUCAAGCAACUCUUCGCCUCGCGCUCCCGCCUCAACCCGACCCGAUCGGUCACCUACAUGCCCCGACCCGGCGACGGAACCCCCCGUGCGGUGACCCUGAUCCCCGGCGACGGAAUCGGGCCACUGGUGACGGGCGCCGUGGAGCAGGUGAUGGAGGCGAUGCACGCGCCGCUGUACUUCGAGAAGUACGAUGUGCAUGGGGACAUGAAGGCGGUGCCUACGGAGGUGAUCGAAUCGAUCAAGAAGAACAAGGUGUGCUUGAAGGGAGGUUUGGCCACACCCAUGGGUGGUGGUGUGAGCUCGCUUAACAUGCAGCUGAGGAAGGAGCUUGAUCUCUACGCAUCGCUCGUUAACUGCUUCAACCUCCCUGGCUUGCCCACGCGCCACGAAAACGUUGACAUCGUCGUCAUCAGGGAGAACACCGAGGGCGAGUACUCUGGCCUCGAACACGAGGUCGUUCCCGGCGUCGUCGAAAGCCUCAAGGUAAUAACAAAGUUCUGUUCAGAGCGCAUUGCUAAAUAUGCUUUCGAGUAUGCCUACCUAAAUAACAGAAAGAAGGUGACUGCCGUGCACAAAGCAAAUAUUAUGAAACUUGCAGAUGGUUUAUUCUUGGAAUCUUGUCGAGAGGUUGCCACACAGUAUCCUGGAAUCAAGUAUAAUGAAAUUAUUGUAGAUAACUGUUGCAUGCAGCUUGUUGCAAAGCCUGAGCAGUUUGAUGUUAUGGUAACCCCCAAUCUGUAUGGAAAUCUUGUUGCAAAUACAGCAGCAGGUAUUGCUGGAGGCACUGGUGUCAUGCCGGGAGGUAAUGUUGGGGCUGACCACGCUGUGUUUGAACAAGGUGCUUCAGCAGGAAAUGUUGGUAAUGAAAAAGUAGUGGAACAACAGAAAGCCAACCCAGUUGCACUCCUCCUUUCGUCGGCCAUGAUGCUUAGACAUCUCCAGUUUCCUGCAUUUGCUGACCGAUUGGAAACUGCUGUGGAACAAGUCAUUCUAGAGGGGAAACACCGGACAAAGGACCUUGGAGGGACAAGUACCACCCAAGAGGUUGUUGAUGCAGUAAUAGAUGCUUUAGAUUGAUGAAUUUAUUUGCUGAUCUCCCAAGUGAAGUCAGCCCGUAUAUUCUUUGCUAACUGAUUUUAGCAACAGAGUUUUUGCACCUUUUAAAUGUGAAAUUGCCAAUUUUUGGUCCUGAAUAAUGUUUAUUCAGCACAUAAAAUGAGAAAAUGAUGUAAUAAAAAAUUAUUUACAGAGUAUGGUAACUGUUGCCUGUUUACCACUCCGUUUUAAGCACUGUAAUUUUAUAUAUGCUCUUAAUUCUUAAAGCUAUUAUUGUUUAGCAUAAAUUAC